AUGAAAGACUGCGUGGUGCUCCCUGGCCUGUACGGCAUCUUAGUGCAGCUCCUGCUCUUUUGCUGUUGCGUGGGCGUGCUUUUGAUCAAGAAGGUCAGAGAGGGCUCCAGGAGGACGUGGCUGCAGUUCGGCUUGGAUUCCUCGAAGCAGUUUGUCGGCUCAGGAUGGAUUCACGUCUUGAAUCUGUUGUGUGCCUUGGUUAUGGGCACCCAGAUGGAUGAGUGUGAUGAAUGUGAGUGGUACUGGCUGAACAUCAUGCUGGACACCACUCUUGGGGUGCUCGUCGAGUAUCUCCUGCUCCGGCUUGUCAUGGAGGCACUGAACACCGUCCUGCAAGAGGGUGCGCAGGACUUUCGCACUGGUAGCUACUGGAGAGGUGGCGACUUUGAAGUUGCUAUGUACCUCAAACAGCUUCUUGUUUGGCUUCUCAUCGUGACCUUCAUGAAGCUGAGCAUGGUGGUGCUGAUGAUACUUCUGGCGAAGCCUUUGACGCUGAUCGCCCGAGCCAUGCUGAAACCCUUCCUGGCCAACCCCAAGCUGAAACUUAUCAUGGUGAUGAUCGUGACCCCCAUGUUCAUGAAUGCGUUCCAAUUCUGGGUCACGGACAGCUUCCUCAAGAAGCAGGAAGGUGAUCAAGAUCAUGAAGCCUUUUCUAGAGGGUCAGUUACUUCUCCGCUGGUGGGAAGCAUAGGUGGUGACGACAACGAGGCGGCCAACGAGAACGGCGCUAAGCACGUGAGCUUGAGAGCCUGCUCCACAGGGAAGGUCCAGAUCACUCUCAACCGACACCUGGCAGACAAGCGAUAG